AACCCUCAUUCAAAAAAUUUACGGCCCAGAUUUAUCUGCACUCUCAUAAAGUAAAAACCGCCACCGGCGACCCGCGAAAGGUUUCAGCUGCUCUUAACAACUCUCUAAAAGCCUUAUCAAUUCCACAACUCUCCGACGUCCUCAUCUCUGCUCCAGUUUGUAUACUCUUAGUUUAAGGUUGAAGUUCCCACGCUGGGAUGGGAGAUAGUGAAGCAGUAGUUACUGACUCAUCAGCAAGUAUGGAUUAUACAUCAGCAGUCUAUAAUUCUACUGGUUCUGGUGCUUGUCCCCCUGAGGCUACUGGAGAUCCAAAUGCUUCUGGUGCACCAGUAGAUGGAACUUAUGCUGCUUCUGGUGGUUACCUGAAUUCAGCUGGUCAAAAGGGUCAAAUCUGCGUAACGAAUGAAAGUAAGCCAACUGGUGGAUCAACCGAUGGGAAUGCUAUCAAUGCUGGAAACACAGCAGUAGAUGCAACUAAAACUGCUGGUUAUAGUAUUUCAUUAAAUGGCAAUAUUGUAAAUGAAGCUCGAAAUACUACAAUGGUUGAGAAUGGGAAUGUUUUAGAUAAUGUUGGCAUAGCUUCUAAUGCACCAGAGUUUGUGGGUUCUGUGCCAGCCAUGUCUGGUGAAGAGGAUCGUUUGUGGAGUAUCGUGAGAGCUAAUUCUUUGGAUUUUCAUGCUUGGACUGCAUUGAUUGAGGAGACAGAGAAGGUUGCAGAGGACAAUAUACUGAAGAUUCGAAAAGUUUAUGAUGCUUUCUUGGCUGAGUUUCCUUUGUGUUAUGGUUACUGGAAAAAGUAUGCGGAUCACGAAGCACGCAUAGGCUCCAUGGACAAAGUUGUGGAGGUUUAUGAAAGAGCAGUUCAAGGAGUGACUUAUUCUGUGGACAUCUGGGUGCUAUAUUGUUCUUUUGCUAUAGAAACAUAUGGAGAUCCGGAAACUAUCCGCAGGCUUUUUGAACGAGGAUUAGCGUAUGUUGGAACUGAUUAUCUUUCCUUCCCUCUUUGGGAUAAGUACAUUGAAUACGAAUACAUGCAUCAGGAAUGGAGUCGCCUUGCUGUUAUAUAUACACGAAUAUUAGAGAACCCCAAUCACCAGCUAGAUAGGUAUUUCAACAGUUUUAAAGAGCUAGCAGGAAGUAGACCUUUGUCGGAAUUAAGAACUGCCGAGGAAGCUGCUGCAUAUGUAUCAGGUAUAGCUUCAGAGGCUGAUGGGGAAGUACUUGAAGGAGAGGUUCGUCCUGGUGCUGCAGAACAAACUCCUAAGCCUGUAAGUGCUGGCUCAACAGAAGCUGUUGAGUUGGAGAAGUAUGUUGCCAUUAGAGAAGAGCUGUAUAAGAAGGCUAAAGAGUUCGACUCUAAGAUUCUUGGUUUUGAAACAGCUAUCAGGAGGCCUUACUUUCAUGUGCGUCCCCUUAAUGUUUCUGAGCUUGAAAAUUGGCAUAAAUACCUGGACUUCGUAGAAAGAGAGGGUGACGCCAAUAAGGUGGUCAAAUUAUAUGAAAGGUGCCUAAUAGCCUGUGCCAAUUAUCCUGAAUACUGGAUACGAUAUGUUUUAUGUAUGGAAGCCAGAGGAAGAAUGGAUCUUGCUGAUAAUGCACUUGCGCGUGCUACGCGAGUCUUUGUCAAGAGGCAACCAGAGAUCCAUCUUUUUGAUGCUCGAUUCAAGGAACAGCAUGGGGACAUACCUGGUGCUCGAGCUGCAUAUCAACUUGUUCACAGUGAAAUUUCACCUGGUCUUCUUGAGGCAAUUAUUAAGCAUGCAAAUAUGGAAAGCCGUCUGGGGAAACUUGAUGAUGCCUUCUCUUUAUAUGAGCAAGCCAUUGCUAUUGAAAAAGGAAAGGAGCAUUCUCAAACGUUACCAAUGUUGUAUGCACAGUACUCUAGAUUUUCAUUCUUGGUUUCUGGAAAUGCAGAGAAGGCUAGGGAAAUUCUGACUAGGGCACUUGAUCAUGUCCAACUAUCUAAACCAUUCCUUGAGGCCUUAAUACAUUUUGAAACAAUUUUGCCACCUCUAAGACAGAUUGAUUAUUUAGAAUCAUUGGUUGACAAGUUUUUGGCCUCGAGUUUGGAUGGCAGUACUGCAGACAAGGAAGAUCUAUCUAGCAUAUUUUUGGAGUUCUUGGGUCUUUUUGGAGAUGUACAGUCUAUUAAAAGGGCUGAAGAUCGGCAUGCUAAGCUCUUUCUACCCCGUAGGCCCAUUUCUGAAUUAAGAAAACGUCAAGCUGAAGAUUUUUCAUCUUCAGAUAAGACAAAGCUGGCAAAAUCCUACUCAGGUGCCCCUUCACCUGGCCAGUCUUUACUUGGUAUAUAUCCAAAUGCACAAAACCAGUGGCAAGCUGGUUAUGGUGCGCAACCUCAAACUUGGCCACCCACUACACAGUCUCCGGCACAGGCACAGGCACAACCGUGGACCCCUGGCUAUGGCCAACAGGGAGCGUAUGGUGCUUGUAGUAGUUAUGGUAGCAAUUAUGCUACUCAACAAGCACCCACAUCAGUUCCACAAAGUGCCGGUUACGGUGCUUAUCCCGCUACAUACCCUGUUCAGAGUUUUCCUCAGCCAACUACCGCCAUGACACUAACCCCAGUUCAGCAACCUGCUGCAACUGUUCCUCAGAAUUACUAUGGUUCUUACUAUUGAGAUGUCAUGUCGGUAACGCGAUUAUCCAUUUCCUAUGCUCUCUGGUAAUUUUCUUGUAGUUCAUAUGUACUGUACACUUAUAUUAGCAGUUGUUGAGGUGGGCAUAUUCCGGAUUUUGGCCAUGGAGGCGGUGUCGAGGAGGGGACUACUAAGGGUAGAUGUUCAGUGAAGUAAUUUGCUUUAAUGGUGGUGUCUUUUUAUGUUUUUCUUCAUAAUUUAGAUAUUUUUGUGGAAACUUGUACAGAACUACAGAUGCUAGUGAUUUAUGUGAUGUGUAGUUGAGUUUCUCUAAUCCGACAGGCCAAGAGGCAAAACAGCUUCAAUACAGUAA